AUGGAACACUUCACUAUUGAAGCUGUGGCUGGAGGAUGUACACGGGCUUGUUGCAAGUUGUGCAAGCAAACAUUUGCUUACAGUAGUGGGUCGAAGAUUGCAGGCACUAGCCACCUCAAGAGGCAUAUUGCUCUGGGAUCCUGUCCUAAAAUCAAAAAUCAGGAAAAGAAAAUGCUUGCGCUUACUUCAGGACGUCAGCUGCGUAUAUCCAUUUAUCAGAAAGAAAAGCAAAGCCUCAUGCAAGUCUUUGGAACUAUGCCUGGAAGGGUUAGCCUCACCAUAGGCUUGUGGACAACAAGUCAGACUCUCGGAUAUGUUUGCCUUACUGGGCAAUUCAUCGACAGCGACUGGAGGCUGCACAGAAGAAUGCUUAACUUCAUGAUGGUAUCAUCUCCUCAUUCAGAAAAUGCUCUUAGUGAAGCUAUCGGGGUUAGCCUUUCAGAUUGGAGCAUGAAGUCCAAGUUAUUCACCAUCACUUUAGACAAUAAUUGCUCAUCUCAUGACAUCUACAGUGCAAAUCUCAGAGACCACCUGUCCAACAAGAACACGCUCAUGCUCAAGGGUCAGCUGUUUGUUGUCCGUUGUUAUGCCCAUAUUUUGAAUGUAGUUGCUCAAGAUGUGAUUGCUUCAAUCCAUGGUAUUAUAUACAACAUCCGUGAAAGUGUGAAAUUUAUCAAAGCUUCUCCAGCCCGUGAAGAAAAUUUUGCUGAGAUUGCCUUGCAACUUGAAAUUCCUAGCACAAAGACAUUGUCUCUUGAUGCUGGCGGCCGCCUUGGAAUAUAA